CACGUGAUCAGCGCUGUUGUCAGCCGUUUAGUGUAGAGCGGGUCGAGGCUUUUCGUUUUUUUUUUUCGUCUUUGUUCUACGAUGGCAGCGCUGGUGGUAAACAGACCAAUGGACUUCAAUGGCUUGGCAGGAGCUGCGAGGACACACACUCAGGCUGUAACAAGAAAUUACAUCUCCCAGCCGAGGCUCACUUACUCCACUGUUUCGGGUGUAAAUGGACCCCUGGUGAUUCUGGAUAAUGUGAAGUUUCCCAGGUAUGCUGAGAUUGUUCACCUAACCCUGCCAGAUGGCACACGGAGGAGUGGGCAGGUUCUGGAGGUGAUUGGCAGUAAGGCAGUUGUACAGGUAUUUGAGGGAACAUCAGGUAUCGAUGCGAAGAAGACGGCCUGUGAAUUCACUGGGGAUAUCCUGCGUACCCCAGUUUCAGAGGACAUGCUAGGUCGUGUUUUCAAUGGCUCAGGCAAACCCAUUGACCGUGGACCUAGUGUGUUGGCUGAGGACUACCUAGACAUUAUGGGUCAGCCCAUUAAUCCUCAGUGCCGUAUCUACCCAGAGGAGAUGAUCCAGACAGGUAUCUCAGCCAUUGAUGGGAUGAACAGCAUUGCGAGAGGACAGAAGAUCCCCAUUUUCUCUGCUGCUGGACUGCCGCACAAUGAGAUUGCUGCUCAGAUCUGUCGUCAAGCCGGCCUGGUGCAGAAGCCAAAGGAUACAAUGGACUACAGUGCUGACAACUUUGCCAUCGUCUUUGCAGCCAUGGGUGUCAACAUGGAAACUGCCCGUUUCUUCAAAUCAGAUUUUGAGGAAAAUGGUUCCAUGGACAAUGUCUGUCUUUUCUUGAACCUGGCCAAUGAUCCCACAAUUGAACGGAUCAUCACGCCUCGUCUGGCACUGACUACAGCUGAGUACCUGGCCUAUCAGUGUGAGAAGCACGUCUUGGUCAUCCUGACUGACAUGAGUUCUUAUGCUGAGGCUCUGAGAGAGGUGUCUGCUGCCAGGGAGGAGGUGCCCGGCCGCCGAGGCUUUCCCGGCUACAUGUACACAGAUUUGGCCACCAUCUAUGAACGCGCUGGACGAGUGGAGGGCAGAAAUGGCUCCAUCACCCAGAUCCCUAUUCUCACCAUGCCCAAUGAUGAUAUCACACAUCCAAUUCCUGAUUUAACCGGGUACAUCACUGAGGGCCAGGUCUAUGUUGAUAGACAGCUGCACAACAGACAGAUCUACCCACCCAUCAAUGUAUUACCCUCACUGUCCCGUCUGAUGAAGUCUGCCAUUGGUGAGGGGAUGACCAGGAAGGACCAUGCUGAUGUCUCUAACCAGCUGUACGCCUGCUAUGCCAUUGGCAAGGAUGUCCAGGCCAUGAAGGCCGUGGUGGGAGAAGAAGCGCUCACUUCAGACGACUUGCUCUACCUUGAGUUCCUACAGAAGUUUGAGAAGAAUUUUAUCGCACAAGGCCCGUAUGACAACAGAACGGUGUAUGAAACCCUGGACAUCGGCUGGCAGCUGCUGCGAAUCUUCCCCAAGGAGAUGCUGAAGAGGAUUCCUCAGAGCACGCUGGCUGAGUUUUACCCCCGAGAGUCUGCAGCCCGGCACUGAUGCUCCAUU